AUGGCACCGUCGGGACGGCGCGCCUCCAUGAGGAGUGUCCGCACCCUGCCCAUUGUGCACGAGGACGAUGACAUGGUUGUGGUGCCAACGCCCGAGUCAGCCGCCAUGUACCCAGUACGGCAAAAUCGGCAUUCGGGAAUUGUCACGGCAUUGCCGACAUUGCAGGCCAGCGACGGCGGCGAGGGUGCCGAAAGUAGCAGCGGAGGCAGUGCCGGCAGCGGUUCGGAUGAGGAGGCAGAUUCAUCACAAAGUCCCAGCCCCAGCCCCAGCCAGAGCCAAAAUUCCAGUCCGAGUCGAAGCGUCAACCGCACUCCGAGAGCAUAUAGGGCCGGCAGCAUUGGCUCCUACCAUAGCCAAGGCAGCCUUCGCAGCUACCAUUCACAACAUUCACAACGGCAACACCCAGCCCUCCCCGGCGGACCUCUUUCACAGGCCUACCACGGCCCCAACUACCCAUACGUCAACCCGGCCUGCAGCGAAAGCAGCGAGGAGAGCGGCAUCACGGACCGUAAGCUGGAGGAGCAGAUGGCCGGGACGGGCGGCGCAGGUGGACGCGGUCUGCCCAAGCGCGCACAAGACCGCCAGUGGUUUUCAAAGCGAGGCGGCUGGUGGCGGCUGAUCCUGACGCUGCUGCUGCUGGCCGUGAUUGCUGUCGGUCUCGGUGUCGGCCUCAAGUUUGGGCUCCAGCAGGCCAAUAACAACAACAGCAGUGGCGGCGAUGGCAAGGGUGGCGGGAAUGGCGACGGCGACGGCGCGGGCACAUCGACAUCACCACCGCCCACGCCGGCCACGCCGUCGGACCAGUUCCCUGCCGGGCGCUACUCGUUCACCGUGGCCCUCACCAAUGUCUCGACGGCGUGCACGACCAACGGGUUUGCCUUUGGCUGUGCGCCGUCGUCCAACAACGUCUUCUCGGCGUCCGGAUCGCCUGCCGCCCAGAACGCCUCGGCCGUCACCUUGGAAUGGACCAUUGCCGGCACCACCGGCGGCAGCACCAGCAGCGCGUCCGCCAUCACCAUGUACACCAUCUCUUCGUCGUCUUCGUCCUCGUCUUCGUCCUCGUCAUCGCCCUCCUUCUCCAGCAUCCACAUGACCCUCCUCGACACCGGCCUCGCCUCCGAGCGCCUCGUCUUCAACUUUUCCAUGGACCUCGCAUACGUCCCCACGAGCGAUCUCGUGGAUCACCAGACCAGCGCCGCCACCUGCUAUUUUAACCAGACCACCCUCCAAGCCACGCUCUGGACGCAGCGCCGUGCCACGUUCCCGCCCACCAUUGCAAACGUGCCGGCGCCGACCGAGGCCUCGACCUCCGCGUUUGUACCGUGGCCCUUUGCCGUCGAGAUUUCCCAAGUCCAACAAGGCGGCCCUGCGAUUCCGGACUGCGUCGACUACCACGGCAAUUCGCUGGGGGACUUCAGCGUCCCCGACGGUGGCGCGGCGGACGUGUGCGGCUGCUGGUACUCGAACAUGGUCGGUGGAGGAAGCAGCAACGGGACGUCGACAAGGUAG